GGUAGAAAGGAGAGGGGAGAAGUGAGAAAAGAGGAGAGAAAGGAGCUUUUUAAAAGUCUGACUGAGGAGGAGAAGAAGCAGCUCUUGGAGUAGCACUGGAGGAGACACACUGGAGGAGGAAGAGAAAAGAAAAGGAAUCAACAGGAGAAUAGCAAUGUGACUGUGAAGGAGGUGGUUCAAAGGAGGAGAGAGAAAUCAGGCAACAAAACGAGGAGAAGAAGAGAAGUGAUUGCAGAUGUUGACUCGCAUGUGAGGAGGACAAAAGAAAGGAGAGCUAAUGUGACUUUGGGGUAAAAACAGAGUGACCUGGAGGAAGAGGAGCAGCAGAUGUUUGCGGAGGGAGUUCAUUAACACUUGAUCUGUGUUUGAGGAGCAAACUGGUCCUGAUGAUGGGCUGCUGUCUAUUUGUUUACUAUCGGAAGAAGAGGAAGCAGGCAAGCAGAGAUGCAGACUCCCUCAGUCUCUGCAGUCUGGACAUCAACGAGCCCAGCACCAAGCGCAGUAAACCUGUAUCCAGGGUGACGUCUCUGGCCAGCCUGCUGCCACCUGUCAAGACCGCACCGCUGAAGAGGAUCGGUCAGACGCUGCAGCGCUCCAUCAGUUUUCGUAAUGAGAGUCGGACAGAGAGAGCGGCUCCUCCUCCUCCUCUUUCCUCCUCCUCGACGAUGAAGACACGUGUUAUCUCAGCAAACGUCUCCAACUCCUCCUCCAUGACUGCGACGCGGGGCUCCACCGCGACAGCCCAAGCCACCAAGCGCCGGGACAGCAAGCUUUGGAGCGAGACGUUCGACGUCCGACUGGGGGCUACACAACCUCUGAGCCCAAAAGAGAUAAAACGACAAGAGGCUAUAUUUGAGUUGGCUCAGGGCGAGCAAGACUUGGUGGAGGAUCUUAAGUUGGCUAAGAAGGCCUACCACGACCCAAUGCUGAAGCUAUCAAUCAUGACUGAGCAGGAACUGAACCAGAUCUUUGGUACUCUGGACUCGCUGAUACCCCUGCAUGAGGACCUGCUGAGUCGCCUCAGAGAUGUCAGAAAACCUGACGGGUCCACAGAACAUGUGGGGCACAUCCUGACUGACUGGCUGCCCUGUCUCUCCUCCUACACGCCAUAUUGCAGUAACCAGGUGAAGGCCAAAGCCUUGUUGGACCAGAAGAAGCAGGAUCGCCGGGUCCAGGACUUCUUGCAGCGCUGCCUCCAGUCGCCCUUUAGCAGGAAGUUGGACCUGUGGAACUUCCUGGACAUUCCCCGCAGCCGACUGGUGAAAUACCCACUGCUGCUCAGGGAGAUCGUGAAGCACACACCCAACGACCACCCGGACCGGCAGCACCUGGACGAGGCGAUGCUGAUGGUUCAGAGUGUGGUGGCAGACAUCAACAGGCGGACGGGGGAGUCAGAGUGUCAGUACUACAAGGACCGUCUGUUGUACACAGAAGAUGGCCAGAGGGAUGAACUCAUUGACCGCUCCAGGACCCUAAGCUGCCAUGGAGAACUGAAGAACAACAGAGGACUUAAGCUUCACGUCUUUCUGUUCCAGGACGUCCUGGUCAUCACCAGGUCCGUCUCGCUGAACGACCAGCCAGUCAGUUACCAGCUGUGCCGCCAGCCAAUCCCCAUCCGGCAGCUGGACCUGGAGGACCUAUUGGAUGGAGAGAUGAGAGUGGGCGGGUCCAUCAGAGGGGCCUUCAGCAACAACGAGCGGACAAAGAACUUCUUCCGGGUUUCGUACCGUACUGGAGGUCAGCUGCAGAGCCACUCCUUCCAGGCCAGUGACGCCUUCAACAAACAGCAAUGGAUCAACUGCAUCAGACAAGCCAAGAUAGCCGCAGCACUGACUGGAGAUCAGCCACCACAGACAGGACAGUGUCUGGAGACAGGGCUGGGUGGACAGAUAGAGCCAUUUGGCGGGACAGCACUGAGUUCACGAGGUGAUUCAGGGAUUGAAGAUGAAAAAGGAAUGUGGGGGGAGAUGGAGACGGGGCUGGGUUUGGAAGGAAAGGAAUGUCUGAGUGGAGGUAAAGACCUAAGUUUAGGUAAAGAGGCUGGGGUGGGUUUAACUCGAGAGACAAUGACGGGUAGGGAGAUGGAGACAGGUUUGGCUGUGGAAGGUGGGACAGGUUUUGAGUCAGAUGACGUAACAGGGAUGGACAGCGAGACGAGGCUGUCGAUCAGUGAGCAAGAGGAGGGUGAGAUGAAGACAGGGCAGGGGCUCUGUGACGAGACGGGGGCAGAGCCGGGAGCCAGAGCAGACUGGGAGAUGGCUGGAGGUGGAGGAGAUGGAGAGACUCUCAGCGGAGGUGGUGAUGAUGUUCCCACCUCCCUCCUCUCCCCUGCUUCUCCCACUCAAGAGGAGGAGGAUGUGAUAGAUGGGGAGCAGAGUGGUGCUAAGGACGAGGAAGACCCUGGCAAGGACACCAUCGAGGUUGACUUACUGGAGGGCGAGGAGCUGACCCUCAGGUGCUGAUACUGGGACCAGACAAAAGGAGGACACGCUGAAAGACUGGCACUGCAGACAGUCAAAUCGAGGAUCUGAGGAUGGCGUCAGUGACAACAAUCGGACAAACUUGUUAAGACACAUUAACCAGCGUGUUCUACAAAACUGUAGGUGCUGUAUCCUGACUGCUGGUAACCACGGUAACCACAUUGUUCUCCAGUGCCAAAGCAACUGUCACCCCCCCGCACCCUGGAACACUGGCCCCAUGUACUGUAGCUGUACCAACCGCAUGGAUGCUAUUAGGAGAACUGAACAACCAAAAGUUGUUCACAAGGCACAUACUGCGAAAAACUUUUUCAGGCUUCCCCAGGCUUUCCUUUGCAACUCCCCUCUGACUCCCCACACACAUGAACAGCACAAAAAAUGCUUACUGAUACGGCUCCUCAAGACUUUUAACGUUCAUCGGACAGAAUUGCUCAAAUUCUGAUAAUACAAAGGCUGAAGCUGGAGUGUUUGUGAUGCUCAGAAAAAUGUGUUUAUGGUUUUACUGCCUUUUUAAAUGAUGCAUAUGUAUGGGGGGGGAGUAUUUUGGGGCCAGCUUACAUGGCCUGCAGUUCCAAAUGUGGCCACAGUGCCAAAAAUCGCCUCACAGCCUGUUCUUUGGGGCUUGACCUUUAGUUAUAUUACUGUGACUACUGCUGUAUCCCACAUCAGUGGCACCAUGUUACUGUGGUAAUGACACUUCACCAGAUUAGAGGGUGCAAGAGUGAAAGUUAUCCUGGCUUGUUUUAUCCCAGUUUACUUUAUCCUGAAUUUAUUUCUUCAUGGCUAACAUUACCUAACAUUUUGCACUAGACCUGCCUUUGGACAAACUCUGUUUUGCUGCCUAACGUCUUCAACUUUGCAUUAGGCCGUCACCUCGUAAUUAAUUCCACAACUGUCAGCUGUUUGGGCUGUUCAAGUUUCCCAGUGGAGUUUGUGACCACUACCGGCACCAAGAACAGUUUGUUUGUAUCUUCUGCUCUGUACUAGCAUGCACACAAGGAUGUACUGUACAUGCACGAGCAUGCGUAUUAUGCAAAACACAUUCCUGCUGAUGGUUUCAAGUUAUUCCACUGAUAGGUGAUGACGGUAACAAGACCCAGGAAAAGUAGCAACAUGCCGGCAAAAAGGGGAAGAAUACUGCUUACUCAUGUAAACAUGGACAUAAAUAAUACAUUUCAAAAUAUUUUAAAAAUUGGCUUUGUAAAUGUUUUAAAAGGAAGGAAAUGCAUUCAACACAUUUGUUAGGCCUCAAGAGUAUGGUGAGAAACAAGAAAAUGUAACUUGUUUGUUUACAAGAAGACUCCACAGGGCACCUUUAAAAAACACUGCCAAUUGUUUUAAAUUAACAAGCAGAAAAGACACAUCCUUUGUGAAUUUAUGCUGUUUGCUAAUUCAACACAGUACUAUUUUCAGAAAAACUCUGCCACAGUUCUGUUGAUGGCAGAAAACAUUCUCAGGUAAUACACUCAAAAAGUUAAUGACAUGUGAGCCAAUCACAAGACUCCGAUUCAAGUCAAGUCGAUGGAUGGCAAUAAGUGAUGUAAAUUUGAUCACUUUUUGCAUUUAAAAACACUAUCAGUGAAUUGUCAUCGAUCAUGCUUGCAGCUAUAAGUACCACUCAAUGCCCCUUACAUCUCUUUUGUAGAGAUUUGGUUAAUGCACAGAGGUAAAAAAAAAGAGCCACAUCAGUCGGGGUAAAAUUUUUUCAGGUCAGUUAAACGAAUACUUUCUCCUCAGCAAAUUCCCCAAACUUGUUCUGUUUCUAAAACUCAUGUCUUUAAAUCACUUGUAAUGUCUGGAAACACUGGAGAAGAGACAGCUGUUUACCCAUUUCUCAUGGAAUAUCAAAAUUACAAGUUACUUAUUAUUAGCCAAUCUAUCAGUCUAAAUUCACAAAUAUUUGUAGAUAUAUGAAUUUUAGUGUCAAUUCACCAAGAACCAGUCAGACGAUGGCCCAAACAAACACAGCCUCCUAUGAAUAAUGUUCAUGUGUAACUGCUCUGCAUCAGAAAAUAUAUUUUUUGGGAAAAGUAAUGCAGGUGACUAUUUUAUCUAACCAUGACCAUGAUCUUUCUGUAAAUGAGCUUUAAUUGCCUGUUGCCUCGACAUGCAUUGAUAAAUAUUUUUGAUAUUAGCAUUAAAUAAAAUGUGCAAUGUGAAAGAGUGUAAGUGCUAAGGAAUUUGAAGCCACUGAAGUUUUCAGCCUCUUUUAGCUCCUAGUUUUGGUUUCCCGGCACACAUACUUUAUGGUUCAGUUUUAGUGUUUCCAGCUGCAGCAGGCAGCUGUUUUCAGGAAAAAAGCUCUUAUACACCCACUGUAAACUACCUUACCAGCACCAAACGACAGGCAGGCAAAUUGGGUAACUUGCUGCUGAAGAAGGUGGAGACCAAACCAAAGCAAAAAGAUGGGUAAAUAUGAGGAUCAAUAAGAUGAUCUUAUUGCUCUGUGUAUGCUGAAUUUGCAAGUUUAUCAGUUGUCUGUUAACUCAGUAGUGAUAGCAAAAUGAAAAAGUCUGAUGGGGUUGGCUGAGUAACUAUCAGCUUGUUUGAUGUUUCUCCAUGUAGCGGGUGAAAAUUGAUUAAUGCAGUGUAAACACGUAACACGUUACGCAGGAACACUGCUGAAAAUAAAAACUGUUGGCGGUGAAUAUUUUGUAGACAUGUACUAUAUAAAUGUUCUUGAAGCCAAACCUUUGGCUAUCGGCGCAAUAUGACUUUUCCCUCAAAUCAUAGUUUGCUAAUAUGAAAUACUUGUUUAUGAAUAGAAUUUUAGCACAUAAUCUACUUAGAGUAUUCCAAAUAAUCUUCAGUGGAUUUUCAGUUUUGUCCAUCUAUCCCUACUGUUUGUUCACAAUACUCUGUAAAACUGACACAGCUUGCAGCUGCUGUAGGUGUUACUACAAAGCUGUUGCAGGUGUUUUGUCAUGGCAAUCAGAGAAGUCCUGAAGGAGAAGCCUGUUGUGCAAGUACUGUUUGUACUAUAUGUAAAGAAUGUAAAUGAAGUCUGUCUGUAUAUGAAUGUAGGAACAAAGCCAAGCAUGUCUGUUUGUUAUAUAUGUGCUUAUACAUUACACGUGAAAUAUGACUUACAAUGUCAAGACAAUCAGUUUGAUAUUAUAAAGUACCAUUGUCAGGAGAGUUGUGAUGAUGAUGAUGAUGAUGAUUAAGAUGAUGAUGAUAGAUUAAGGCUACCAAAGCGUUUAGGCUACCGGUUAUUUGCACAUCUCAGAGAGGACUUAAGAUACCCCAGAUAAAACGUGUGCACACUGACAGUUUCCUUUGAUUCCCACUGAGUAAAAACUAAAAAGGUAAUAUUUUUUGAGGUAUCAGCUAAUGUGUGGAUUGUCACAAGACCAAGGCAUCAAUAAAUUGUUUUAAAAGAGGCCUGUCACUGAGUGGA